GGACGCGCACCUCGCUCCUCACUCCUCUCUUCUCUCUUGGAUAUUAUUCGUCUGACCGAAGGCCGCCUCCAUCAUCAAGUGACAGCCCUCUCCUAUUUAUUUGCUUAUAAACCUGUUACAAUAAAUGAUCAUUGGAGCAACGUCAGCCCAGCAUUUUAACAACGGACAGCGGGCACUUUUUUGAUAAAUGACUUCCUUUCGCCGCUGCAUGCGAGGAGGGAUGCGCGCCUGCAGCUCGGUUGCAUUUAGAUUCUUACAUUUCUUUGCGUCUUGCUUAUAAAACGGUUGAUCCAGACACGGUAAAGCAGAGUUUCAUGCGGAUUUAGCCCUGACACAACUCAUUGGUGGUCCAGCCCAUCCCUGGACAAGUCUUGUGUCUAGUGUCUUUUUUUGUUGUUUUUGUUUUGUUUUUUUUUUUUUGUUUUUUUUUGCACGGCCUAAUGAUGGAGAGGAUAAGAAAAGAGAUGAUAUUGAUGGAGAGGGGUCUGCACAGUCCUGUUGCGGGGAAGAGGCUCGGGGACGCGUCGGGAAAUUCAGUUCUGGAAGCUCUGGAAAACUCCCAACACGGCGGACGGCUGAGCCCGAGAAUAACCUCGGCUUCCCUUCAUGGGAAUCUCGGGGACAUCCCGUCGAAAGGCAAGUUUGAAAUAGAAAGUCUCUUCGGGACGCACCACGGCAGCGAGAACGCAUCUUCUGCGGAGAUUUCUUCGUCGGAAAGCAGGAAGAAAAUGAGUCUUUACUCCGAAGUUUCGCAAGAAUCAGACAUAAAUAGUGAUGUGGAGGUGGGCUGCCCUGCGCAUCGCUCCCCGAGCCAGCACAAGGAAAACAAUAAGGGUUUUUCUGACAGUAAUUCAGCGUCCUCCAACGCAAGCUCGAACUCCAUCCCGAACAUGAACGGAAACUCGGCGGGAGGAUCCAACAAUUCCAACUCUGACCAAGUCAGGAGGUAUCGGACUGCUUUCACCCGGGAACAAAUAGGGAGACUGGAAAAGGAAUUUUACAGGGAAAAUUACGUUUCGAGACCGAGGAGGUGCGAAUUAGCGGCAGCGCUGAAUCUGCCCGAAACUACAAUUAAGGUGUGGUUCCAGAACAGGCGGAUGAAGGAUAAACGGCAGCGUUUGGCGAUGUCCUGGCCUCAUCCGGCAGACCCCAGCUUCUACACUUACAUGAUGACGCAUGCGGCCGCCACAGGAAGUCUACCAUACCCUUUCCACUCGCACAUGCCUCUGCACUACUACCCGCACGUCGGCGUCACGGCAGCAGCAGCUGCCGCCGCGGCCAGCGGGGCCGCCUCGUCGCCUUUCGCCACCUCCAUCCGGCCCCUCGACACCUUCCGCGCCCUCUCCCACCCAUAUUCGCGGCCAGAGCUGCUGUGCAGCUUCAGACACCCGGGACUCUACCAGUCGCCCGCCGGCCUGAACAGCUCGGCGGCGGCCUCGGCGGCCGCGGCGGCCGCUGCGGCGGCGGCGGCGGUCAGCGCUCCGUCCGCCUCCGGGCCCUGUUCGUGCCUGAGCUGCCACAGCAGCAGCCAGGCGGCGAGCGCGCUGGGCUCCAGGAGCUCCAGCGCUGACUUUACGUGCACAGCUUCAACGCAAAGAUCAGAGAGCGGCUUUCUGCCGUAUUCCGCCGCUGUCCUCAGCAAGACCUCAGUCCCAUCACCUGAUCAGCGAGAGGAGAGCUCACUUAACAGAUAACUGAUCACUCUGCCUAAAAAACACAGUUUCUUAUGUUGUUCAGCUGGGAAAGGCCAGUUUUUAAGGACACACGUGUGCGUAAAGCGUUGUAAACAGACACAAAGUUUAAUUUCUAGGUAUUAUUUCUAUAAAAACAAGAGUGGGCAGCAAAUACUGCAUUUCAUAGAUUCAUACAUUGUUCUACAGACGUGCUCCUGUCAUGCGAGUAGACCUGCUUUUAUGGCUGAGCUGGUCAUUUCUCUCUUUCGCCAUUUCUCACUUUUGCAGUUGGUCGUUUCGUGCCAGACGUUUGUGUUUUCCGCCGGAUGUUUCCUGCUGUCACUGCGUAAAUUGGUUCCUGCUUCGAGAGCAGAUGAUCUUAAGUGUCUUUCUUUAGUCUGCUCAUAUUAUUAUUGUUAUUAUUUUAUUUAUUAUAAAAGAGAAGAGUCACACUCUGUCAUAUUUAACUGGGUACGAUUUAACUGGUUCAAAUAAAGGUCUUAAUCACAAUAAGCGGACUUAGAGGGUAAUACAAAAGCUUCCAAAAUAUAUAUAUAAAUGUGGUAAAAUUAUGAGGGAGCAUUCCCAUUGUUAAUUAUAUCCAUCUCUACAUUUGCCAUGCUUUCCUUUAUACGUCCAUGUCGUACCUGCACACAAAUCAUUUCGUAUGCACAGUGUAUGAAUUUAGUUUUGUUUGUAGGUAUUUUUUUUUUCUUAAUUAUGAUAUAGAUAAAUAAUUAUUACAAUGCUUAAAUCUCACUUAUACUUUAAUUCAGUGUUACAUGAUUAGCUAAAAACUUCCUAUACACUCCAUACCCUUUUAUUUUCGUUCUAAUCCCCUUUUAUGGUCAGUUUAUUCUUAAGAAAUGAGACAAAUUAUCUGAACAAACCAAAAUAAUUUUCAGUAGCCUUCUGCAGAUAUUUGAAGUCAUGUAACCACAUUCCCUUACAGUAAGUAGAACGAAGACAUUUGUUUUGAAUUGUAGGUUGAUAAAGCGGGAAGUAAAGUACCACCUAGCCUACGAAUUGAAUCAUGGUCGGUAUAGGAAAGUCCCAUGAGACAACACCAUUUCGUACUCGAAGAAGUUCUAUACAAAACGAACAAAAUGAGAAAGCUACGAAAUGGCGAAGUUGCGAAAUGACCAUCACCCCGAUUAGAUCGGGGAUUAGAACCACAAUCAAUGGAAACAAAAGGACUGUGAAAUCCUAAAUAUAUAUAAAAUUAGAUACGAUUCUUUUGAUUACAAAUCUCCAUAAUUCAUCACAAAAACCAACUACCAAGAGAAAUGGGCUAAAAUUCAAUCCGUUUUUAACAAGGUACAAAAUGGAACUUAAAAGGAUGAAAUUGCAAUGAAUGGGUAUGAAAUUUGGAUAGAAAUGUUGAAAGGGACGAACUGACCCGGAACCUCAAAAACCCUAAAUGAAUGGACAUGCAAGUAGAUGGGUUGGGGCAAAAUUACUAAGUCUGGGUACGAAAUAGAGGUACGAGUUGGCAAAGUGGCGAAUUGUCUCGUUGCAAACAAAGCAAAACUCCCUCAUUUUAAUUAGUUUAUAUUGGCUUUUUCAAUCAAGGUGCCAUUUCAUAUUAAUCUGUUAAUUUUACUUGUAAGUUAGUCCUAUAUUUCUGAUGUCUAAAAGUCCAUAUUUUACCUGGCUAUUUAUUUUAGUUUAAAGGUCCAUUCUGCCAAAUUUUAAAUAGCAGAAGGUAUUUUUAUCACCAUGUUUUGCUUGGUCCAUCUCUCUUCACUAAGGCCUAUAACAGACUGAUAUUUUGGCAGCAAUAUAGCUUCUCCUACACCCAGGCUCUGUUCUGUGGGGACGUCCCUAAUCAGCUAGAAGGUGCAUAUAAUUUCACAUCGCGUCUUCCGUGUCAAUUUUUAUGUUAAUAACGAGAGGAUCAUGACAAAAAUUGCCAAUCAUCGUACCUAGAUGGAGCUCCUUUGAAUACACGGCCGCAAGAAAAGUUCCUCGUUUUGAGACCCGCUGUCAAGUGCUAACAACCCGCGGAGGGAAGUCAUUAGACAUACAAAAGACCUGGAACAAAGCGACAGUCCUGGCACCCUGUACAAGGAGACCGGCUGACACAUGGAGGCUUUAAAAUGUUUCUGAUAAAGCAGCUUUCCAAGAGCCCCCUGAAUAAUCUUCUGCUCCAAAGAAGAGGGGGAAAAGUGGACUCACACAGCAGGAUCUGCUUUAUUUACAUUACCGAACCUCAUUACAUCGGUCCAGUAUGUAUGUAAGUCCUAUAGGACCUGCUUUGCACAGUGAUGGGACUGCACUCAGAUCAGAUAGCCCACAAUGCCUCACAGCGUGUCUGCACCUGUAAAAAAAAAACAAAAAAAACAAUAGGAAUAAAAAAUGUGCAUUUUAGUCGUUCCGGUUGGGACAUCACUAAUAUGUUAAUUCUAAAACAUGUGAACUGUAAAAAAAAAUAUUUUUUUUGCACAUAUUCCUACUGAUAACUAAGAACUGGAUUAUUGAUCUGAAAAAAUAAAUAAAUUAAAUGCACCAUGAAAUGUAAAUUGUAGGCAAUUUUUCAAACGCUUUUCCUUUUUUAUAUAUAUAAUUUAUUUUGUGUGACUUGAUGACUGUUUUUUAUUGUUUAAACACUGGAAGGACCUGCCUAUUGGCUUGCAAAUUCAACAAUAAUCCAAAUUCCUGAGCAAAAUUGAGAAUUAAUAUGGAGAUGGAGAACAUUUCUUCACAGCCCUCUAAAAACAUUUUUUUUUUAAGUAUUUGCCUUUUUUUCCAAUGGGUCUGUGUUAAACUCUGUAUUUAAAAUAUCAAUGACUGUAUGAAUUUAAAUAUUUUAACUUGAAAAAAAAAUGUGCAAUAUGAAAUGUAAAUCCUGUUAUUUAUUGACCGUGUUUGUUCUUGAAAAAUAAAUAAAAAGUCUUUACACAAA